AUUCUCUAUCAAGAUGGCGGGAGCUCAAUUCGAGUACGAUGAAAAAGGCACAACUUUUUAUUACUUUCUUUUAUCGUUCUUUGGUAUAGUGCUUGUGCCCCUAACAUAUUAUGUAUGGAAGGUCACAAAAUUGCCAGGUAAGUUCGAAAUCGUGUGAGUCAGUUACUCAGAAGGCGGCGUUAAAAUUAGUUCCGGCCGGCUUGGAUCUCUUACCAUAUGGCCGUCUUCUACCUUAUAUUUAUAAUUUUUUUAUAUUUUAACCCAUGUGCUUUUAACACCCAUUUUUCAGAGGAUCAGAAGGAAACAGUUAAAAUCUGUAGAUGUCCACCAUGUGUAGAGAAACGGGAAUUGUUGCGGAAAAAGGAGCCGAAAUCGAAGAGUAUUCGCUAUGUGAGGUAAUUUGUUACAAUCAUCUGUCUUGUAAUUUUAGAAUGACGUGUCUUUUGGAUCUUCGAUGCGCUCCCUUUUUGUUAUUUUUAAGGAUGAUUUUGUCAGAUUUUUUUGCUUUUAAAUUAUUAGAUCUUGGUCGUUUUGAUUUCAUACUCUUUUGGCUGAAAGGAAAAUCGCCAAAUUCGAGGUUAUUCCGUUAUAUUUUGUACAUGUCCAAGUAAAUAGACUCACCAUUCACAUAUAUGGACAUAUCUAAUAUUGAUUUCUUUACUUAGUUGUCCUGAACACUAGUUAGCUCAAUCAAGUAAAAUUUUGGCGAAGUAUUGCUCGUAAAAGUACCUAACAUGUGUACUUAAGGCAAAUGUAUUCAUUGCUUACCUGGAUAAAUUGUAAGCUUACUGCAAAUGGUCGCGCACCUUGAAAAGAGAAUUAAAGUAGAAUAGAUUUAAUGGACAAAGGAUCAACUAUAACAUUGUUACUUAUCCGUAUGUUCUAAUUUAGUUACUGAUAUUGUGUCACUUCCUUGAAAAGGUAUUAAAAAGAAAUCAUAAUAUUUCAUUCAGAGAAAUUAAGAGUGUUUAUGUUACCACAGUUUUGUUACGCCAGUUUUGUACUGUAUCAGUUCUAGGCUUAGACCGAUUUAAGUUCAGCCAUCAAAGCCAAGCCAAAUUUGAAUUUUUUUGAUGGAGAAGGUAAUUCUCUCUGUUAACUGCUAUACCUUCCCUUUUGAGUUCGUUCCAAGACUUUUGUUUUUUCAUGAUUGUGUCCUUUACAACAUAUCAAUGAACAAACCUUUAAUGGUUCAAUUAUACCUAAGUUCAAGAACAAUUUUUCUUUAUUUUCUUUCUAAGUGUUGAUGUACAAAGAUAAGUUUUAACUUAAGGAGAACAAAAUCAGAACCAAAGAUAUUAUUUUAUGAAAAAUAUUUAUUAUCUGUCAUCUUAAUUUUGAUUUGUACCUGUUCUUUUUUAGUCUUUCAGCUAUAGCAGUUUUAUGGGCUUUGUUCUUUAUUGGAGCAUAUAAAGUGUCUCAAUUUGAAAGAGAAUUCGCUGAAUAUGAUCCUUAUGCUGUCUUAGAGUUGGACAGAGUGAGUAAUUGUAAACGAAUUGAAAUGAAAAAAGUUUAUAAAUAAGGCUGUUACAUGCAUGUUGUCUGUGAACACAGAUUAGUAUUUAGACUAUUGUCAAUUUUACAAUUUUGCAGACAAUGGUUUUUAGUCGGAAAAGGCAUGUUUGUUAAAAAAAUUGACCUCCUUUGAGAAGCUGAUUGGAUUAAAAUGUUCUUAAGUGUUGUGAAUUAAAAUGAGACUACAUGUAACAAAAGUUGAAAAACUUGUCUUUUCAAAGUAGUUCCACUGAAAUAACAAUAUGGUUGUCAAGUUAACAGUGUUGGCCAAGAGUGUGCUCUUUUUCUAUUUUACACUGCUAGUUAUUUUUAACUGCUGACUCCAAGACAGUUUUGUACAUCAACUCAGUCUUUGCUUGACUAACUUCAACAACAAUCUGUUCCUUUCAUACAUCUUAUUCAGUGAUUUAUGUGAUGAACAGAUAUCAAAAACAGAAGUAUUUAAUGGUGAUUGGCCUUUGUGACUUCAGUGUUUACAUUAAUUUUAUGGCACUUGAACAAAAACUUCCUGGGAAUUAUUAGAUUGAGGUCAACUGACUACAAAGUAUCAGACCUUGAUGAUGUGUCCACAAUUACAGCCUUUUAUUUACUGUGAUACACAAUUUUGGCAGUGCAAGUUUCAGCUGAGCAUGGAAAGCACAAGUAAUCUAGCCUCUCACUGCUUUUUUUUUUUGUCCCUCUGUGAUUGGUCCUGAGAUGUAAUGCCACUCUCUUAAAUAAUCACUUAUUAUUCAACUAAACCAGUCACAAAUUGAUGAUAUGUGUUUAACCCUUUAAGUCCCACCAAUGACCCAGAAAGGAUUUCUCCUUACACUAUCAAUGUGAUAUCAAGCAGACAAGUAAUGAGAAUAAAGAAAAACAUCAAUUAGGGGAUUAUUUGUUGAUCCAAUUCCAAAUUCUCCAAACUAACUUCAUGUGAAUUGUAUGGGAGACAGUAAGGAGAAUUACUGAUGAGAUCUUGGGAGUUAAAGGGUUAACCCUGUUUCAUGUGUUAACUUGAUCUUUUUGGCUGUUUGGGAGCUUUUCCUUCACCUUGACUGGCCUCUGUGAUUUCUUUUUAUCAGAUAUAUUUAAUUUUUUCACACUCUGUUGAAAAGUACACUCAGUUUACUUAUAAUCUCCCCUUGUCUUUCCAUUAGGGUGCAAGCACAGCAGAUAUACGUCGGCAGUAUCGCAGACUCAGCAUGAAAUUCCAUCCUGACAAAGACACUGGUGAUUCCCAAAAGUUCAUGAGGAUAGCAAAAGCAUAUGAAGCGUAAGUUAAAAAAAAAAAUUUUUUUUUCACUUCAAUCUCUCCAAAUAUUUGGGGUUCUUGAGAACUUGUAAUAUGUGUCUAAAUAACCAAUAUUAAUUUCUAGGUUAACUAAUGAAGAAUCACGAAAAAAUUGGGAGGAACAUGGCAACCCUGAUGGACCUGGGGGUGUGUAAGACUUAAUAUGUCACUAGUGUUAAAUAUUUUUUAUUUUGAUGAUUAAUUUCAUCAUCAGUGAUAGACAAGAUGAACAAGUUACAAGGGUUAUUAUACUGCAAAGAAUGUUUUUGGAAAUCUCUUUAACUCCAUUUUGUUUGAAGGUGUAUAAUUAUAUAAAUAAAGAUUUUUAUAUACUAAUCAAAACAGUAGAUAAUGUUGAAGGCAUGCUUUGAUUGGCUACUCAAACUCUGAAUAUUAUUUUCUAUUCACCUCCAAGCAACAUGCAUGAGGUUUGUACCCAAAAAUAUCGCAACUGUUGCAGGAAUAAAUGAGUUAAGAUCUUAUUUUUGCGCUACAUUACCUCAUUGUUUAUUAUAUAUACUAAAACAACUUUUUAACUCAGUGUCUGUGGCCAGUAGUGGAUAUUUACCUUGAAGUUUCCACUUUGUGGCUAGGUAAAUAUCCCCCACCAGCCACCUCCAAUUUGGAGAAUGUAAAUGUACCUUAACAUGUAAAUGAUGGUUUACUUUUUUUGGAGAAAAGUCAACACGGAAACAAAAAUAAAAUUUCUCAUUCUACUUUAUUUUGUAGCAACAAGCUUUGGAAUAGCCUUACCUUCCUGGCUUGUUAGCAAGGAAAAUUCCAUGUGGGUUAGUUAAUAAAUUCCUUUUUCAUUUUUUAUUUCCUCCAUUUCAACAAUCACAACCUUUGAAUAAUUACAACAAGAUAAAGAUAAUGGAGAAGGGCAUAAUAUAGCAAGCUAAGUAGAUGCCCUUUAUGCUAAAGUACAUUUUUUCAUACACUCAGUAAAACAAAGACAAUUUGCUAUCUGUAAACUCAAGAUUUUCUUUUAGCAGAUACACAAUGUUGGUGUUAAAAAGUGAUUAUGAAAAUUUAGUCAACUAUGUCAUUGUAGCAGAGUAAAAUGCUGAAGUGAACCUUUUAAUGGUCUGUUUCGAAACUACUUUUCAUUUCAUUUUUCAAACUGAGUCCUGGUGCUCAUCCUUGUACAUGGAAAUAACAUUCCGUAGCAGAUGACAUAAAAAGCAUAACACAAGUUACUUAGAAAUAGGCCACUGUUAGGAAAAUCUUUAUAUUAUGAGGUAAAAGUCCAUACGUAUGAUGAGCUUUCUCAGGUUUAUAUUGGCAAAAAAAUCUGAUAUCAUUUUCCUGCUUAUGUGCAAUUUAGGUUUUGGGAGCCUAUGGACUUGCCUUCAUGGUGAUCCUUCCAAUUGCAGUGGUACGUUUCUAACUCAAUAUUUUGAUUUUAGUAUCAUUGCUGCAUGAUUUCAGCUUAAAAUGAAUAAAAGGUAGGCUGAUUUGUGUUUUCUUUUUGUAAGGAUCAUGGUAACAUAUCUGGAACAAAGAGCAAUUAUACAAAUCAAACCAGUUUGAAGCAAUUUUGAUUUAGUGUUCCUUUAAAAUUAAGAAAUUUAUACCAUACAGAUUUGAUAGACCUUGCUGCACAGCCACACAGCUCAAUAUGCUGUGACUUGUGUAUUAUUAAGCCCAACACAUUUACUUCAUAUCUCUCAAUUUUUGACCAGGGGACAUGGUGGUACAAGUCAAUCCAGUAUAGCUGUGAACAAAUCCUUUUGAAUACCACUCAGCUGUACUACCACUUUUUUCUCAAGACACCAGCCAUGCAAUCUAAACGUAUGUAUACUCAGUUUGUAAUAUUGUGGAAAAGGAGAACCACACAACAAAUUCUCUGCUCAAAGGAUUUUUUCAAGUAACUUGACACUGCAGAGAAGGAAACUAUAUCAUGUACAGUAUAUUACACUAUAUCACACCAGUUUUAGCAUUAAUCAUAACCAUUACAAUUUCCUCAAAUGUGAUUGAUGCAUUAGCUGCUUUAUAUAUCACUAAUCACUCUAUACAGUUGUGAUCAGACAGUAUAAUUGGACAGUUGGCUGUAAUUGGACAGUUGAAGCAGCCAAUCAUACUAAGUUCAGUCAGCUAAAUCCACCAAUGACAGAAUUGAUCACAAUAACCAUAGCAACAACCACUUACCCAAAACAAAAUUUCUAAAUAUUUUUUGCUUUAGACAUUGUCCCUACUGGAGCUGUUUGUCUUAGAUGUAUUUUUUUUUUGGAAAUUGUAAUGGUUAUGAUUAAUUGGUAACAGGACUUUGUGUCGUCCAAUUCUGUCUGUAAUCAUGUAAGUGAUUGACAAAUUGGACUUCCAUUUUGCGGUCAUCUGAUUUUGUUAAUCACUUGCAUGAUUACAGACUGAAUUGGACUGUACUCAGUCCUAUUACCAUUAUAAAUCACUGAUCACCUAACUUUUUUUUUCGGAAAUUGUAAUGGUUAUGAUUAAUUGGUAACAGGACUUUGUGUUGUCCAAUUCUGUCCAUAAUCAUGCAAGUGAUCAACAAAUUGGACUUCCACUUUGCGGUCAUCUGAUUUUUUUAAUCACUUGCAUGAUUAUAGACUGAAUUGGACUGUACUCAGUCCUAUUACCAUUAUAAAUCACUGAUCACUUAACUCAUAACUCCUGUGAUUGACAAACACAAAAUGUCUCCUCACAAUAUCAAUACAAUAUCAAGCAGACAAGAGAUGAAAAUGAAGAAAAAGAUUAAUUAGGGGAUUAUUCAGAAUUAUACAGAAUGCUCUUCUCAUAGGUGUGGUGAUGAUUUUGGCUGGGUCCUUCGAGUUUGAAAAAGGUCACAAUAAUGAAGUUCAGGGGAGGCCUAGUGAUAAUUCAGAGUUACCAGAGGUGAGACAAUGGGCUAUGGGUAUGUCUGUUUUUAACUUAACCCUUGCAUGCUUAAGAGGGACUAGUGUCUAAUUUUUUUGCUACAAUAACACUGAUGCAUCAAAUAUUGAGGUGACAAGAAUAAGGAAAUGAUCACCAACUAAAGAGGCUCUUGAUUGUUGAACAAAUCCUCCUUGUCUAGCAGCUUGAGAAAUGUACAGAGAACUGUAUGGAGAAUAUGCAUACUGAUGUUAGGGUGUAAGGGUUCAUAGUUUAGUGCAUAAAAAUAAUGAUGUUAUCUGUGCCUUAUUUCAUUUGUCUGAUUCAUUUGUGACUUGUGUUAGCUCAUGCGAGACUUGCCGAAUCUGGGGGACAAGAACAAAGAGGCACCACUUUGUUACCCUUACAGCAUCAAGGCAAGAGCUCUAAUCCAUGCUCACUUAUCACGCCUAGAGCUUCCACGGCUCACGCUCAAAUUAGGUGAGGCAGGGGAAAAGUCUUUUUAUGAGAAUUGUGUAUAUUCAUGGUACUGACUAGCCCAUGGGCUUCCUUACAUCCAAGAUAAAGUGAAAUCCUGUUAUCAUAAACCCUUUGUGUUAUGAAUUGUCCAUAUCCAAUCUGAUUUUGUACCAUUUUGCUGAAUGAGUUGUGUCUGGACACUUAAGACUAGGGGUGGCUUAGGGCCUGGCAAAGGACCUUUGAAAUGGGAUAUACUGUAAAGGUCUGAUACAGUAAAAUAAAAAAAUGAUCAUUAUCUGUUAUUCAAAGAAAAAAAAACCUUAUUUUCAUUGUGGCAUUUCAGAUCUUGACUUAAUACUUCAAAAGAGUCCAUUCCUCAUUCAAGAAAUGGUGAGUUGUGUGUCACAGCUGGUUGGCAUGGCCAAAGAAGGAAGAGGUAUGUUGAAACUAGUGGAUGAAGUUUAAUCAAAUCCAUAUAUGAUUUUUCCAGCCUACCAUAACUUGUAACAAAUUGAUAAGGCCACUGGAAAUUUUUUGAGAGAGGCAGUGAGAGCAAAGAGUCUUGGCCAAGAUUAAAAAACAAAAUGCAUGGAGCUAGCCCUGAUCUUUUGAUGUGAAGUCCUGGAUGCUAAAGCCACUGCAUCUUUAUGGUUUCUUUGCAAGAUGUAUGAUCAUUAUUCAUUUUUCAGUUACAAACACACCACGGCUGGAGACAGUGGAGAAUUGUAUGCGUGUCAGUCAAAUGAUAGUUCAGGGGCUGUGGGACACCAAGUCUCCCUUGUUACAACUACCUCAUCUCAGUCAGGAAAAUUUGCGACACUUCACCACCAAAAAGGUAGAAGAUCUUGAUUUUAUCAAAAAAUAAAAUUUAAAUUAUACUUAAAGCAUUGAAUUUCACCAGCAUGAAUAGUUUAAGGUACAAAUAUGCAAGCUAUCUUCCCCUGAGGGAGCUGUUAUCACUUAUGUUUGUUAUUCAGUAAGACCUCAAUCUGAGUUAUUUUUCAAGUGACCUGUUCACAGAAUUAGGUCUUUCUUCUUAUAUGGUAGCAAAGCAUGAUACAUCAGUCAUUUAAACAAAGAAUCACGAAAUGAAAUGUUCUUAUCUUUCUGUGAAAAAGGUGAGUGAGUAUAAUAUUGUUUGUGACACUCCUUGUUCACAGCGAAGUGUUCGUUCCAUCAAGCAGCUGGCAAGUAUGAAAGAUGAGGACAGAAGGUCAGUCUUGUCUUUACUCUAAUCAAUAUUUAUUCAAGAGUGAAUGAUGGAAUCAAUGAAUGUUUUUUAGGUAAUUAAUGAGCUGAUUUUGUCUUUUCAACUCAGUUGACACCUUGUUGCAUCACAUUACAGGGCUCUUUUGCGAAACCUAACUGGGGAACAGUAUGAAGAUGUCAUUAAUGUUUGUUCAAUGUUUCCGUAUGUGGAGAUGGAUGUUAAACCUCAUGGUUAGUUCAUUAUGCUAUCUAUCCACUCUUGUGUCCAGAAAUGCAUGCAGUAAUUUCGUCAAAAGGAGUGAGUAUUCAUGAAUUUGAUGAUUUUGGCAAAUUUUAGUCAAAUAUGUCAAAGCAAAAUCAGCUCAGCAGAUUUGAUGAUUUUGAUGAAUCCUUGCUAUUUUUGUUACUGCAUGCAUUUCUGGCCAUAUCUCUAUCCAUCAGGCUCUACAGCUACACAACACUGUGAGAAAACAUUGUGUGUAGUAUUCAUAGAUACAAUAUGACUGUGUUUAAGACUUUGCCAGUCUCUUAGUAAGUGGAGGCAAGGGAAUAUGGCGGGCGAAAAUACAUUUGACAGGGUUCUCAGUUAAUUGUGAUCCCCCUGUUUUUUUUUUUUCUUUUUUUUUGCUUGUCCUUGCAAACUAACUGAGUGGAUCAGGAUGAAACUAAAAUUUCUAGAAAGCACAAGAUUAAUGCACAAAUUGCUCUCUUAGUCAGGAAAGACUCUCAAAUCAGUUCAAAUUUGUGAAACUAAUUUUUAGAUUAUAGUACAAAUUAAUGCUCAUUUAUUCCUAUCAUGGAAAUAAAUUUUGAAGUUCAUUCACACCAGAGCUACAUUUUAUUUGUUAUUUCAAUGAUCCCUUCAGUCUUUGAGUCAAAAUUUAUCGCAUACACCUGAGAAGAGACAAAAUGUUUUCAAGUUUACCAAACAAAAUGAUUUCUGCUUUUUUUUAACUAUAGACAUGCUCUAGGAGUCGUUGUUAGCUUGAAGGCCGUUAUUGUCAAAGUUGGUCAAUGAUAAAACGAGAAUAAUAGGGAAAUCAAGCUAAUUAUUUUGACGAGGCGCUGAACAUUUUUCCUGAGGUUCACAUUUCAAACUUAUUUUUAACAGUCUUGGAUGAUGCAGAUGAUGCAGGACUGAUCACAACAGGCGCAAUAGUGACUGUGGCUGUUAUAAUAAAAAGACGAAACCUUGGGGUGAGUUGCUUCUUCCACUUGGCGAAAACCAAGACUUUAGGUGAAAAAAUGGAUCACAGCUUAAAAGACAGAUCAAUUGUUGUGGUCUUCACUACGAUGUAUGAUACUGAAGAUCGCCCCGUGUUGCAAACUGCUUUCUGGUAGAGGUUAGAGAGAUAGAAGGAGGGAGAGUACGUAUGCUGUCCCCAUCUUUCCGCCUCUUGAAACGUCUAGAAAACCUUAACGAGGGGACAUUGGGGUUUUCGGUUUUGCGGGUUUGGCUAUUUUUUAGAUCGGUUUUUGUGCCAUAAAACUUUGGUUUUUCGGUUUUGGUGCUCAUUGCCCUUUUGGGUUGCAGUUUCACUUCGACCUGAGCGGCAAUUGUACGCCUCCACUCGAUUCGUAUAGCCACGAAACCUCUGUAUGCUCCACUUGUCGCCAUUGUAUCGGAUCAAUUAGAUGUUUGAUAACUGGGAGGUGAAAAUUUAUAGGUUUUGACGGUUUUGCAUGCAGUUUUUGGUUUGAUUCAAUUUUUUUUUUGCGGUUUUGGAUGAUUUUUCGUAUGGUUUUCCAGCUGAUAAUAGACCCCAAAGCCCCCCUCUUCAGAGGCUAGUGAGAGAGAAUUCCUACCCUUCUUAUUGUUUAGUUCCACUUUUACAGGAGCUAUUCGAGAAGGAAAACGAAGGUGAUGUCCCACUACUAAAUGGCGUGAAUCCAUGUGAAACUUUAGAACCAAAGGUACUUCUUUAUGGAAAAUAUCUCUCUCUCUCUCUCUCUCUUAUUUAUUUUUUUUUUUAACUAAAAACACUUGUGGUCCAACAGUUAGUGAGCUGGACUUCGUAUCAAGAGGAACAUGUCAUGGCCAGGUCUUCCUUUAUUAAACUCUAUACUCGGUGGAACGUUAAACUGUCACAGUGCUGUUCUCGACUAACGAUUUAAUGAAUGAGUGGAGACGGUGUCAGCGGACUAUCACAGAAACUUAAUAAAAUGAGGGGGGUGAAAUUGUGACCGUUUAGCAUCUCAUUCGUGGGAAGUAACUGUACAUUUACAGCUUUAUUUGCUGAAUGUUUAUUAUAUAGAAAUACGCUCUCUACAAUGGGUACUAAAGGGGGGGGGGGAGGAAGUGGGAAUGUUUUUUCGUCAAGAAAUUAAGUUUGGCAAUAACCCAUCCCGUGUUUGUUAACAGGGCUCACCACAACCUGGUGGUCACAAAGUCUGGCAGAAAAACAAAAAGAAAGGGAAAAAGGCCAAACCACAAAAAAAGCAACCCAAGAAAAAACCCGUGAAACAACAGCCUAAAAAGAAAAACUCACAGGAUGAGAAAGAGGUAAAAUAUCGAUAAAUCAAGAUGAGCUUUCGCGUGUUGACUUUGAAAGUAAUGAUGACGUAAAGUAAGAUAUCUGAUUCAUUUGUUGCGAGGAGAAAAGAAAAAAAAGGGAGUGACGUUGUACACACUGUGUGUUAUAUGCCCUGUCUCUGAAGUGUAGAGAACCUGUGGGAAGUUUUCCGCAUAGAAAGUUGACAUUUUAUAAAACAAGUAAUCUUCAGUUUUUGUUGUGCUUAUUUCUAGGAUCAGGUUUGCUUAUCCUCAUGUGCGGUGAUCGAAAAUGACUCUGUGGGAACUUUUACUUCUUUCUUCCGCUAUUUCUGAGUCUUUCCAUGAUAACCUCUGGCCGAUCCAGUCGUGAAUUUUUCAAUUCUUGUGCCUCAUCUUGAAAAUUUCGCCACUUUCAUGUGAUUCUGGAACGUGCACGAUGAAAUGACAAAAAAAUUACUUAGUAAUUAUUUCAAUUCGCUGUUCUGUCUAUUAAUUCUUUAGAAAACUAUAGAAGAAAAAGAAGAAUCAAAUGAAAAGAAGAACAAGAACAAGAAAGAAGAAGAGAGGGAGGAAGAGGAGGAGGAUGAGGACGUGGAAGCGGAGAAGGAAGAAGUGGACGUGGAAGCGGAGAAGGAAGAAGUGGACGUGGAAGCGGAGAAGGAAGAAGUGGACGACGAGGAAGACAAUGAUGAAACUGAUGAUGAUACUACGAACGAGAAAAUUGAAGAAAUUAAGAAAGGAAGAAGAAAACCUGAUGAGCAGGAAUCUGACUUGGAUAGCAGCAGGUAUUUUGAAAAAAGUCUCGCUAUAGUGGCUCUUUUCUCGCUGGAACUGUAAAGCUACCUUCUCCUUAAGGGAAAAUUAGAAAAUAUUCGUAUGGUAACAGAAAAAUACAUGUUUUGAUUAAAAGCCAAGAUUGUUCUUGAGAACUUCAUUGGCUCCUUUUCUUUUCCUCUUAGUUCUGGUGAAGAUGAUGACAGCUACGCUCCACAUGAUGUUAGCGCUCGGGAUUCUGAAGAUGAAGCCGAGUGGGACCGACUGCAAGCCGAAGUUAGGACUCGAGAUGCAAUUCUGGAUCCGAAGUCAAAAGAAAGCCAUAUCGUCCAUGCGCCUUAUUUUCCAGAGGUUUGACUUGAAUUGAAUUUUGUUUCCUCCUAGAAAAAUUACGUUAUCUUUAAAUCCCACAAAUGAGUUUAGUUUCACUGUUUUUCUUGCUAUUUUUUUUACAGGAAAAGCAUGAAUGGUGGUGGAUAUAUGUCACAGAUCGCAGAAGAAGAGAGCUAAUAACACGGCCUCAAAUGAUAUGCAACCUUAAAGAAGAAGAAAAGGUAUCUGUGUGAUCUCUGACUCUACACACCCAUUCUUGCACCAACAAACGACAGAAUCCUUCCUUUUAGUCGCUGGGUGUGCGGAACUGUUGAAUGGUCGUAAGAAAUACCUAAAACUAAAUCACGUCCAUAAUAGAAAAGUUUUCGUUGAUCACGAAUUCAAAUUGUUUCUUACCAAGCAAACUUGACGAUCGCUUAAGGAUCAAUUACAUCAUCGUUGAAACUCAAAACAAGAACUUAUAUUUAAUCUAAAAAAUUCAUUUUAAAGUCAUUCUCUUUGAAGACGAAAACGUUAACAAUUUUAUGUGUUCAUGCCUCCUGUUGGAGAUUUCGAAAAUGAAAACGAAGAUGUUUGCACGUAGAUUAAAUAUAAACUGUUGUUGCUUCUCGUUCCAGCUGGAUCUGAAGUUUCAAGCACCGUACAAAGCCAAAACGUACCAUUACACUGUCACUCUACGAUCAGACUCUUACUUGGACUUGGACGUUCAUCAAAAUUUUAACGUAAGUAAUUUUACUUAGUGUGUUCGAUGAUGCCUCUGCUACAGGAAUGAUUGAAAUAGUUAACGAUAAUGGCGAAGCUAACCAUAAAGUUCCCUGUAGGUCAGUACUGGAGCAUCAGAGCACGCAAUCCAAAACGGUAAACAGAUGUUGGAUGUUAAUAAUUUCCGAAUGGGCAAUGGCUGAAGAACAUUCAGUUUUAUCGAGCAUAAAAGACAUCGGCAUAACUUAUUUCUACAAACUUUUUCAGAUUAAUGUGGAAGAAGCUAAAGAAGUUGAUACCAAACAAUGGGAUCCUGAUUCAGAUGAAGAAGACAAAGACGACUUGGACGAGAGCGGAGAGAGUGAAGAGGAGGAAUAUAGUGACUGAACCGAAAAAAAAACCUGGUUACUAAUCUUUUUUUUUUUUGGUUAAAUUUUGCAAGCCCGAGAAAGGGUGCUCCUUUGGCUGUGUGCCAAAGGGAAUGCAAUAGCUGGUUCAUUUUUACAUUUUAAACAGAACUUACCCCUGAAAACAUGGACUGGGUUUUUCAAAAGGCGACUAAACUAACCCAGUGUUUGUGUGAAACUUUGUGAUGUUAUAGACAGUUUAAGUAUAAUUAUUUCGUUUCCUGUAAGUUUACGUUAAUUUAAGACAAAAUUGGCAAGACGUUAGCUCUAAUGAGCAUGUUUAAUUUGUAACAAGAGAGCAUCUCUACCAAGCUUGGCUCAUUCUCGGCGAAAGAACCCGUUUUACAUUCACGAGAAGCGAACAAAGAAACAGAGAAAUAAAAACAAGAUAGAGCCUAGGAAAUGAUAUUCACAAAACAAAAUAGUAAAAACUUUACGGACUCUUACACCGAGGCAAACCUCCAAGGUUUAGUUUCAAUUCGGGACUAAUGUUAAGCGCCAUUUGAACAACCAACCUCUGGCUUGUAUCCUUUUUAGUGGUACAUAGCACUCCGACUUUAAAGUCACCAAUUCAAAGUUCGAAACAAGAUUGAGAAAGUUAGCUCCACACAGAAACUUUACUCUGAUGGUAUUUAAUUAUGAAUUGGUGCGAAUCGUGCUUCGAACAAAUUGACGUUGAAAAUUUGAACCCGUGCUUACUCUUUAAAGACGACCUCUCACGAGAGUGGCCGAUUGUCAAUUAAAGCAGAAAUUUUUUUCAAGAGAUUAACAAUUAUCGAAGAGUGGAUAUUUUGUUAUAAUUUAUUCCAUUGAUAAACAGCCCGCACGAAUUUCCAUCGGCUCGACGAAUUAUCAGUUAAAGUUUAAAAAAAUUCAUCAACUUAAAACGUUUUAUAUAUUCAGCUAUUUUCGGUAUUUCGUUUGUCCAAGUUAUAAAGUAUUAUGUUUCAAGAUUAAUCUCACAAGAGAGAAAUUUUUAAGUGGGUGUCGACUGUGAUCCGGGAUUGAUUUGGUUUCGCGUCAUUAUGUGCUAUGAUUGGUCCUGAAAAAGCGACGUACAUUAGCGUUUCCCAGCACCCUAAGCAGCUGUCAUUGGUUCACCGUUUAGUGCCUUUCGUCUAACUGGCUCUGGUACAAUUUGGUUCUCGUUUUACUUCACUCACUCAAAUUACGCUCAAUGCACUGCUCGCGUCGCAUCGUUCUACGUUCUUGUGAAUUGAUGGUAUUAGAAACGUCGAAAAUUUAAUUAACGUGAAGGUCUAUUCAGAAGAGUCGAGUAGUGUCAUGUUAUCAAGUUAAAAGAUAAAAACGUUUCGCAUAAAUCAGAAACUUCUUUAUAUGUGUAUUUUUAAAAAUGGAUAAUGUGCAAAUUUCGUGGUUUAAAUUAUUAAAUCAAAUCAACUACCUCCGC